AUGUCGUUCCCACUCGAUAUCAUCCCAGCGAUGGAUGAGCACGCGGCGCAGCUCAAGGCAGCCGAAGCGGAGCGCGUAGCUGCGGAGAAGCGCAUUGCGGCCGAGCAGCUUAGGAGAAUUCGCAGGUGGCAGGCUGGAAUGGAUCCGGAUGACCCAGCAGAGAAGCCUUUGCCGACGGAGGAGCCUCUUCCCCCGCUGCCGCUUCCCGGGGGAGCUAAGGCCAAGGAACCGAGCACGCCGAAGAAGGUGGCCACCAAAGUCAAGCGACUCCUGUCGCCGAGGAAGAAGAAGCCGUCUGUGGCGUGCAAGGAGAGCUGGACGGGCGAAAAGGGAAGCGAGGGUAGCUUGCGGAUGUAUAGUUUGGGAAAGCUUUCGUUCGAGAAGGAAGAGAAGAAGGAAGUGGACGAUGAUGGUGAAGAGAUAACGGCUUUGCCCAUGAUGCCGAAAGGGGGAAGCCCGACGCUUGCCGCACCGAUAUGA